GAAGAAGAUCAGCUGGUUGCUUCAGUUUUAAUUUGUGCCAAGUCGUACAGUACCAACGUGGGAUGUGUCUGGCACUAUUAUUUAAGCAGCGCGCAUCUCUGACGCAACAGGGACGGACGGAGGAGUGACGACCUGCCUACUCUCUCUUCUGUUUCCUCAGUGCAACUUUUCAUCGUUAUCAUUCGUCUACCAAAUUGGUGCAGGAUAAUACCGGGUUUCGUAGAUAAAUCCAGAUCUUGCCCACAUCGUGCGCUGCCCUCCCCCUGCUCCAAUUCCUCCCAUCCCUCAGUCGAGUCAAUUCGGAGCUGCUCGGGCAGCUGCUAUCUUCGACAACCCGGUGCAGUCGUGCUUAGCAUCGGUCGCCAGCUGACACUACUGCUUUCCCUCCCUCACCGUUCCUUCGGCCGCAAGUCGUCCCCCCAAAUCACCAGACCUGCUUGCAACAAAUCACCAUAGAAACGCUAUGAAAUUAAUCGCAAGUCUUGCGCUCAGCGCAACAGCUUCCACAGCUGUGUUGGGAGCCUUCUUACCGCAGCAAGAACCAUUAACAGAUCAUAGCAUUCACCACGGACAAGAGCGCUAUCUGAUUGAGCUGGCCCCUUAUCAGACAAGAUGGGUAACCGAGGAGGAGAAAUGGUCCCUGAAAUUGGACGGCGUGAACUUCAUUGACAUCACCGCCGAGCGAAACACCGGCUUCUACCCCACUCUGAACGCCGGCAGCUAUGUGCACUAUCCAGCCAAGAUGGAGCACGCAGAGGAGGUCGCCCCACUCCUCCGCAAUCUGUCCAAGGAUAAUAUGGAGAAGAAUCUGGAUACAUUCACAUCCUUCCAUACUCGUUACUAUCGAUCGGCGACAGGCGUGGAAUCCGCGACGUGGCUCUACAACCGGGUGCUGGAUGUGAUUGAGCAGACGGGCGCCUCGAAGCAUGGUGCGACCGUCGAGCAAUUUGAACACUCCUGGGGUCAAUUCAGCAUCAUCGCUCGAGUGCCCGGGCAGACAAAUAACACUGUUGUCUUGGGUGCCCAUCAGGACAGUAUCAACCUAUUUCUCCCGUCGAUCCUUGCGGCACCGGGUGCUGAUGAUGAUGGAAGUGGCACGGUUACUAUCCUUGAAGGCUUGCGGGCUCUGCUGCAGUCAGAGACUGUUGCCCAGGGGAAGGCUCUCAACACAGUGGAAUUUCACUGGUAUUCCGCCGAAGAAGGCGGCAUGCUGGGUUCUCAGGCUAUCUUUUUCAAGUACAAGAAGGAUAAGCGCGAUGUCAAGGCUAUGCUUCAACAGGACAUGACCGGAUACAUUCAGGGGUCGCUUGCUGCGGGUCGCAAGGAAGCUAUUGGGAUCAUGGUCGACUAUGUCGAUCGGGGCCUGACGCAAUUCCUGAAGGAUGUCGUCAAAGACUACUGCAAAAUCGGGCACAUCGAGACUAAAUGCGGCUAUGCUUGCUCUGACCACACGUCGGCGAGCAAGUAUGGAUAUCCAUCUGCGAUGGCCACUGAGUCAGAGAUGGAGAACAGCAACAAGAAGAUCCACACCACCGAUGAUAGAGUGAAGUAUCUGAGCUUUGAUCACAUGCUGGAGCAUGCAAAGCUAACCGUUGGCUUUGCCUAUGAACUUGCUUUCGCUCCGUUUUGAUGCCAUUUAACGUGACGUUCAAGUUGAAUUUUUGCGCAGACAUUUCAAGGUAUUGACGCCGUGAGUUACACUGGAUGGCAUACUUUGUUAGAUCUGUUCUACCCUAUUUAACUCCCAGCCAAGGAUCUUGCUUCACAUCCACGUAACCCAGCGCGGAACAUGAAUAUAGCCUUCUUGGUUGGAAUCACCUGUGCCCGUAUUGUUAAGCUCCCUUGGUAAUCGGGCUUUCUAUCAAUCAUAAUAGGUAUAUCUUUUCUUUUUUUUUUUUUUUUUUCUUU